CUCACUGCCUGCAGGACUGAUGGUCCAAUCCACAUCGGCCCACUCCAGCGUGGCUGCUUUAAGAGGUGAGGGAUGCAGCUGCUGGCGAACAGAGACCGCUUUAAACACACACACAUACAGAGAGAGACUUCAGGUGUGAUCUGAACGCUCUGCGGAGCUAUCAAGAACUCCAUCCCAUCUACAGUUUUCCAGCUCUCUCAUCUUCUGUGAUUCAGCUCUUCUCUUGACAGUUCAGAUGGAUCGAACCGCUCAGGAGCUGUUCCUCAACUUUAUGAUCGUGUUGAUCACAGUUCUGCUCAUGUGGUUACUGGUCAAACAAUACCAGGACUCAUGAAGAGCUCAUGUCUCACCUUCAUCAUCAACUUCAUCAGAGGAGGAGGAGGAGGAGUGACGGUCAGCUGUGAUGCUCCACUGCACCACUAGAGGACAAUGUGUCUUCAAAAGGAGGGAAGACUUCUUCAGGACAGGAUGGGACUUCAAGUGAUGUCUUCAAAGCAGUCAGCGGUCAUCACUUUGUCCUUCUGAUAGUCUGGAUGUUUCAAUUGAAAAACACACUGCAAAUCAUAUUACAAUCACUCAAACUGACACGUAGCCAAAAGAGUAACAGCAAUGUAUUGAUUUAGAACAUGUUAUUUGUGUACAGUAAAUAAAGAACUCAAUGCAUAUCUGUGUG